AAUUUAAGAGAUAAGACGAAAGUUAGGAUGGAGACGUAAUUUGGAAUUGGAUGUCUCUUGGGACAAACUCAAACCAAAGGCGACAAUACACCGCAAUCGAAACCAUGGCAAGAGACUGAAGGAAGCCAUUAGGUUAUGAAUUUUUGAGGCUGUCACCAAGAAAUCCUAGUCUCAAUAAACAGUGAAGGAACAACCCCCUAACACCCUAACUAGAAGUGGAUUAUGGGGCCUGUAGCUUCUAAGAUUAGGUACAGUAGUACAGGUAGGGGCGGCCACCGGUACCUACCGGUUAUGUGGCCCGUGCUGAAGCUUCAAGUUCUGUAAAAAAAACCUUAACCUGUCUUGGAUGUGGGGGCGGGGCACACCGGACAUAUGUCACAGCCAGAGGCAUCCUACUAUUAAUCGUAUAGACUCCAGGGCUGGCGUUUCGUUCCUUUCACAAGCUUCUUCUUCUUACAAGCCAUUUUGACGAUUUUUCCAAAGUUACAAAGAUUGCAUAGAAUCGAUAUCAAUAUGGAGGCCCCACGACCGCCUCAGCCAGGCGCCGGUAGCUUCCCUGUCCUGGAAACCUUGGAUCAUUCACUUCAUCACGUCUUCAUCAAACCCAUAAAACAGAUUAACGAUGGACCGGACGUUCCUAAGUUUCUAACUUCAAGGGCUUACAGGGACAUUGGCAUAUUUGUUAUGCAGUUAAACCGUGCUAUGUGCCCGCGGAAGUCUGUAGGUGAUGAUGGCAAAGACAAAAUUCGGACUUUUCAAAUCGGUUCGGAGUACGAGACUCAACCAGCUGAGUCUAUACAAAAGCUCCAGAAUAUGCUGGCUAAGAUAGAGUCUUACAUCGACGAGGCUCCACCCGAUCAAGGACCAAGACGGUUUGGGAAUGUCAGCUUUCGGAAAUGGUACCAGUUUCUAGAAGAAAGAGUCGCAGAUCUUCUCGAAGAGUUCAUUCCCGAUAAUGUGUUAAACUUUGGCCUUGGUGUUGAGCGCAAUAAAGCUCACGCCACAGCUGUCGAUGAGCUUACGGCAUACUUGCUUGGAGGAUUCGGGAGUGCUCAGAGACUUGACUAUGGGACCGGCCACGAGUUGAGCUUCCUUGCUUUUCUCGGGUGUCUCUGGAAACUUGGCGCAUUUCAAGACGGGAAGUCUGGAGGUGACAUAGAGCGCAGUAUCGUUCUCGGAGUCUUCGAACCCUACCUUCGAGUUGUAAGGCGUUUGAUCUUGACAUACACACUGGAACCUGCUGGGUCUCAUGGUGUCUGGGGUCUAGAUGAUCAUUCGUUUCAACCAUAUAUCUAUGGAUCCGCGCAACUUAGUCGCGCAAUCACAGAAUCAGAACCCAUGCCGAUUGAAGGGUCACUAUUUCGAGCUCCUAAACCUGCACAGGUAGUAAAGGCCGAAUAUGUCGAACAAGAAAGAAAGAGGAACUUGUACUUCUCAGCAAUCGGAUUUAUUAACGAUGUCAAGAAAGGCCCAUUCUGGGAACACAGCCCUAUUUUAUUUGAUAUAUCCGGCAUCAAGGAUGGUUGGGGUAAAAUCAACAAGGGCAUGAUCAAGAUGUUUAAUGCCGAAGUCCUUUCCAAGUUUCCAGUGGUGCAACAUUUUCCUUUUGGGUCAUUAUUCUCCUGGGAGCAGGACCCCAAUGCGGCGACUCCUCAAACUACGGUCCACAUGUUCAACCAACCCGCCUCCACUACGUCAAUGCCGCCGCCAUCUACUUCCGCCGGGACAGGAGCGCCAUGGGCUCAAGCUACAUCUAUGGCUCAACCAUCCGGAAUUCCGUAUUCCCGAGCACAGUGGGGCCCGACACAUCCCCUUCCGAGAGCAUCUCAACCUCGACCCAGCGUCCCAGGUACAGAACCAGGAGUCACCCAAGCCCCAUGGGCAAGAUCUAGCGAUAGACCAAGUGGAUAAAUGAUUUAUUCACAGUCUUCCGCGAAAGGAAAUUGAUCCAGCCGUCAGAUGAGGUUUGCAUACGCAAAAAGCGUGGCAACGUGCUAUCAGCACUUCGCUAUCGCCGAGCCUAGGGAAUUUACGCGGCAACAAUUUGCCACAACCCUACCGAGGUUCUCAGGUGAUGACAGCAACUUGGGCAAGGAUUCAGC